UCAUUAUAAAACUGUGUUUGUUCAUAACAAUUUGAAAUCUGUUUGUCGUUAAAACAAAUCAUGUCAACUCAACAAUAUGAUUCAACUAGAAUGGCCUCAAUUUACAAUGAGGUGAGACCAAUUCCAACUAAAGAUUUGGUUAAAUCGAUCAUCAAUCAAUUGGCUAAAUCAGUUAAUCCAAAGUCUAAUGGCAAAUGGUCAACAGCAAUUGAUGUUGGUUGUGGUUCUGGUCAAGCGACUUUCCUAUUAGCUGAUCAUUUUGACCAAGUGAUCGGCUAUGAUAUCAGUGAACCUCAACUCGAAAUCGCUAAUCAGCUGAAUCGAUUCACCAACGUUUCAUUCAAGGUCAGUUCUGGUGAAGAUAUUCCCCUGGACGAUAAUUCAGUUGAUCUGAUUACCGUUUGUGAGGCUCUUCAUUUCUUUGACAUUGAAAAGUUCAACAGAAAAGUUGAUUCUCUGCUGGUUCCUGGUGGUUUAUUCGUGGUAAUUAGUUACUAUCAAGUUCCAAGAAUCCGAUUAGCUGAUGGUUCAAAUUCAUCAUUUAUCGAUUCAGUUGUUGAAAUCAUUGAAAGAACACGAAAACUAUGGCAAGACCAUGGAUUCCCUGUGAAAAUAUAUGCCGAUCAAAUUCAGGCCAAAUAUCGUUGUAUUGACCUUCCCUUUGAAAAGGUUUGUCAUGAAGAAUCGUUUGAGGUCACUCUCCGUCGACCAGCAAGUUACAUAAUUGAUUUACUCAAUUCUCAUGGUGUAAGUGAAAAAUUCAUGGAAAAAUAUCCGGAAAAACAUGAGGCUCACAUGAAGGAAACAAUCAACCAACUGAAUCAAAUCUUUGGAACCAAAGAUUUAUCGUCAAUUCAAAUUGAUGUUGUUUUUGACUUUUUCAUCAUUUGCUUCAAAAAGUAAAUAAAAUCAAUUCUAAUUGUAACAAUUAACCAAAUUUCCAAUCUAUUAACAGCUAUAUUUUCAGCAAUCAGUUAAAUCUGAUAAGUUAAUUGUUAUCGAUUCAAUUUCCACCCACACACAAUUAAAUCUCAAAAUAACCUUGAGUCGAUCAAUAAAAAGUUAAUCAACCAACUAAA